AUUCAUAUAAUGAUAAUCCUGAAAACAGUCAAAAGAAAGAAGAAGAAUAAGAAUGAGAACAAAGGUUUAAGGAGGGUUUAAGGCGGCGUCUUCCUUCCUCGGUCGCUACCUUUUCAUUUUUUUUCUGUUUUCUCUCACAGUGUCACCCUAUGAAUUAUUUUGUUAGUGAGUUCCUUCUUGGACCCACUUCCCCUGAUCCCACCAUCAUCUCCAACUUCGCCAUUGAAUUUCCUCGAAUUUUAUCUGUAAAUUAAUGUCCAGCGCCAUACCCCCAUUAAUCUCUGCAAAUUUCACCAACGGACUCGACCGUAUUCCCCCAUUUUCAAAAUCCACAAGCUUCUUUUGCAGAAACCCAUCGGAUAUAUCCACACUAAUGUGGAAAAAUUAUGCCAAGCUAGUUUUUAGGAGAAAUCACAAUUGUCGUCUCCAUUCUCAGUCUUCUUCUUCUUCUCGUUGUUUUCUGGGAAAGUCACAGGAGUCUAAUUACACCGAUAAAUUCAAGUUUCGGCCCUUUGAGCUGAUUCCCAGUUCGAGUUAUGUGCCUUGCGGAAUGGGUUUUGGUCGAAAAGGGAAAACUUUGUUGGGAGACGAUUCUAUGGGAAGAUUCUGUUUUGAUUAUUUGAGAAACCCUACUGGGUUUAAUGGGUUUGGUCCCAAAGGGUAUGCGAGCGUGGCAGAGGCGGUUUCUUCCACGGACCUUGAAGAUGACAUCUCGGCUGAUGACGAAUUUUACGAGCUGUUGCAGGAAAUGGGCAAAGAGGAGAAGAGGCUGGUCGGACAUAGGCGGCGGAGACGGCAGAGGAUUGUUACCGGAAUGGCGCUUAGAAGGUAUGAUGCUCUUAAGAAAAGGCAAGUGAAGAUUGAGACAGAAGCAUGGGAACAGGCGGCGAAGGAGUACAAGGAGCUUUUGAUGGACAUGUGUAAGCAAAAGCUGGCACCAAAUUUGCCAUACAUGAAGUCUUUGUUCCUUGGUUGGUUCGAGCCUUUCAGCAAUGCCAUAGAGAAGGAGCACGAAGCAUGCCGACUGGGGAAGAACAAGACUGCUUAUGCACCAUAUUUUCAUCAGCUACCAGCAGAAAUGAUGGCAGUUAUAACAAUGCAUAAGUUGAUAGGGUUGUUGAUGACAGGAUCGGAACAUGGCCAUGCCAGGGUUGUUAAGGCUGCGUGCGUCAUUGGUGAGGCUAUUGAGCAGGAGGUCAAAAUCCACAGAUUCUUGGAAAAAAGAGACAAGAAAAAGGUGAAUAAACUCCAAGAAAAUGAAGGGGAGUCUGACUCUAGGGAAGAAGAUAAGCUGAAGAAAAAAGUCACCGAUUUGAUGAAAAAGCAGAAACUGCGAGCACUGAGACAGGUGGUGAACGGACAAGAUGCUUCAAAACCCUGGGGAUAUGCAAUCAAGGCUAAGGUUGGAACUCGUCUAAUUGAAUUGUUGAUUCAAACGGCUUAUAUACAACCUCGUGGUGAACAGUUGGGAGACGACCCACCUGAUAUACGACCAGCAUUUGUGCACACAUUUAUGACUGUGAUGAAUGAGGCAAAAAAAUCUGGCAGAAGAUGUGGUAUCAUUCAAUGUGACCCCCUAGUUCUCAAAGGGCUCGACAAAACUGCACGACACAUGGUGAUGCCCUAUAUGCCUAUGUUGGUACCCCCACUUAAAUGGACUGGUUACGACAAAGGUGGGCACUUGUUCUUACCAUCCUAUAUUAUGCGUACUCAUGGUGUGAGACAACAGCGUGAAGCUGUCAAAAGGGUCCCAAAGAAGCAACUGGAACCAGUUUUUGAGGCCUUGGAUACUCUCGGGAAUACUAGAUGGAGAGUUAAUAAAAGGGUUCUUAAUGUUGUGGAGAGAAUAUGGGCUAGCGGAGGCUGUCUUGCUGAUUUGGUGGAUCGGAAUGAUGUUUUGUUACCAGAGAAGCCAGAUUCUGAAGAUGAAGCACUAAUAAAGAAAUGGAAAUGGGAUGUUAGGUCUGUUAAAAAAGUGAAUAGAGAGAGAUAUUCACAGCGGUGCGACAUAGAACUUAAACUUGCGGUAGCACGCAAAAUGAAGGAUGAAGAAGGUUUCUUCUAUCCACACAAUGUUGACUUUCGAGGCCGUGCAUACCCCAUGCACCCAUACUUAAAUCAUCUUGGUUCAGAUCUGUGCCGAGGUAUUUUGGAGUUUGCAGAGGGACGUCCUUUGGGAAAAUCAGGCUUGCAUUGGCUGAAAAUACACUUAGCUAAUUUAUAUGCUGGUGGUGUUGACAAGUUAUCUCUUGAGGGUCGAAUAGCAUUUACUGAGAAUCAUUUGGAUGAAGUAUUUGAUUCUGCAGACAGACCAUUAGAAGGAAAUCAAUGGUGGUUGAAUGCAGAAGAUCCUUUUCAGUGCUUAGCUGUAUGCAUUAACCUUGCUGAAGCUUUGAGAAGCUCUUCACCUGAAACUUUUAUUUCACAUAUCCAUGUGCACCAGGAUGGUUCUUGCAACGGUUUGCAACACUAUGCUGCCCUCGGAAGAGACAAGUUGGGAGCAGCUGCUGUGAAUCUGGUUGCAGGAGAUAAGCCUGCAGAUGUUUACUCAGGAAUAGCAGCUAGGGUUGUGGAAAUUAUACGCAGGGACGCACAAAUGGAUCCUGCAAUUUUUCCAGAUGCAUUGCGUGCGAAAGUAUUAAUUAAUCAGGUGGAUAGAAAGUUGGUGAAGCAGACAGUGAUGACAUCAGUAUAUGGUGUCACGUACAUCGGUGCUAGGGAUCAAAUCUUGAGAAGGUUGAAGGAACGAAGUGACUUUGCAAAUGAUGAAGAGCUUUUUGGCUACUCUUGUUAUGCUGCGAAGACCACAUUAGCUGCUUUAGGUGAGAUGUUUGAAGCUGCACGCGGUAUCAUGAGCUGGCUUGGGGAUUGUGCUAAAAUCAUUGCAUCUGAAAAUGAACCAGUACAGUGGACAACUCCCCUAGGACUUCCCGUUGUGCAACCUUAUCGUAAAUUAGGAAGGCAGUUUAUAAAAACUUCCCUCCAGAUUUUGACAAUACAGCGAGAAACAGAAAAGGUCAUGGUCAGGAGGCAGAGAACAGCUUUCCCACCGAAUUUUGUUCACUCGCUCGAUGGUUCUCAUAUGAUGAUGACUGCAGUAGCCUGCAGAAAGGCAGGCUUAACAUUUGCAGGAGUUCAUGAUUCAUACUGGACACAUGCAUGCGAUGUGGAUGAGAUGAACAGGAUACUUCGAGAGAAAUUUGUUGAACUAUACGAGACUCCAAUACUGGAGAAUUUAUUGGAGGGCUUUCAGCAGUCUUUCCCUACAUUGACCUUCCCCCCAUUGCCCGAACGCGGUGACUUUGAUCUCAAGGAUGUUGUAGAGUCAUCUUAUUUCUUUAACUGAUCAAGACAGGAGUUUCUCCUCAUUUCAAAUGCCCACGGCAUGCAUCUGUCGGUCUCCUUAUCAUGCAGCCAUACUUCUGUGCACAUGAAUAUUAAGGGAAAUAGAGGGGCACAGAGACUCCUCGAGGAACAUGCUACUGCACCAGAUACAUCUUAUCUUGCAGAUGUGAGAAAGUUAUCAUAGGUAUGAUGUCCAUUCACUUUGCAAAAAAGCCUUGAGCUCAGACCUAGACAGUAGUAGACAUUCCCCUUUGUACAGCUGAGAUGGAUAAGUUUCGGAAUGUUCUUGCCAUGUUGGAGGAAUCCAAGGACGAUACAGCAAAAAAAGUCAAGUACUUAUAGAGUUCGUUCGUUAUAUAGAUUCAUAUGAAGGGAUGCAGAAUUUCAUUAUCAUCUUCUUCCAAGAUUAUAGAAAAAGAAAAGGUUGCUGAUCCAGGUUUUCUGUUUUCCAUAAUAUUGUACAUGUUUUUGAUGGGAUGAGUUUACAUGGUGGUCCAUUGUUGUAUCUCUUGUUUUUUUCCUCGUGUGUAAAUAUGAGCCAGUUAAACAUGUAGUGGUGUUGAGGAAACAUUUGUUUGACAUAGGAAAGAUCAUAUUAUAGCUCAAUUCCUCUUUAUGGCUAAAGAAAACAUAAAAGGGGUGUGUAUAUCUCAAAGCAUGUCAUUGGCACUUUUGGAAAGAGUUUACGUGUACUAUUUAAAAGAAUAACCAUUAUUUUUGUCUAUGAUUUAUUCUAAUAAUAAUUAUUAUCAUUGCUAUUA